AUUGUCGGUCUGGGGCCAGAACCCCUCAGGCCCGGAGGAGGGCCCGGAUGGGGCAGUUAUACCCGCGGGGAAGAUGGGGUGUGUCGCGAAAGUCCAGGCUUUUCAACAGAUUUCCCUUGAAACAGCAGAGGAGAGUUUAUUCAGUCCUCGCGAGAGGGAGCUGGUACUUUGGUCCUAAAGCUCUCGUUUCCUGGGGGAACAGAAUCGCUAGACGCAAUAGGUGCGCAGUGUUUCGUCUUCCCCGUUCCUGAGGGGCGGAAGGAGUUCCAGUCUCCGUGUGGUGGGAGAAGGUGAGGCGGCGAGGUCUGAAGUGCGGGUGCGGACGGUGCGGGGCCCGUGUGGAGGCUGCGGGGCCCGUGUGGAGGCUGCGGGUCGUCUCCCUCUUGCUGGAGCGGCUUUUAGCAAGGAGAGGAUACAAUUGUUCAGUAUGUUUCCACUGAUUGCGGAGAACAAGCGUGUGGCCUGGCUGCUGCUCAGUACUGGCACCUGUCCAAGGUGCAUCUUCAGAUUCUGUGCUGUGGAUUUUCAUGCACCUUACAAACUUCCGUACAAGGAGUUGCUCGAUGAACUACAGAAAUUCUUGGAAACUGAAAAAGAUACAUUGAUUAUGGAAGUUCCAAACCCACCUCUCAAGAAAAUUCGACUAGAAGAAUCGGAAGAUGCGAUCGAUAAUCUGAAUCAAAAUGGAGAGGGAAGGAUCUCUGUUACUGGAGAUGGAAGCAUCGCUUCCAAGAACUCAAAUAUAAAUGUAUGCAAUGUAUGCCUAGGAAUUCUUCAAGAAUUCUGUGAAAAAGAAUUCAUUAAAAAGGUGUGCCGAAAGGUUGAGGCUUCUGGGUUUGAAUUUACCAACUUGGUAUUUUCAGUCUCCUUCCCACCACAGCUCUCUGUGAGAGAGCAUGCUGCGUGGUUGCUGGUAAAACAGGAAAUGGGAAAGCAGAGUCGGUCGCUGGGAAGAAAUGAUAUAGUUCAGCUCAAAGAAGCCUACAAAUGGAUAACUCACCCCCUGUUUUCAGAGGAACUGGGCGUUCCCGUUGAUGGCAAGAGCUUGUUUGAAGUGAGUGUGGUCUUUGCUCACCCAGCAACAGUCGAGGAUUGCCACUUCCUACGUGCGAUAUGCCCAGAUUGCUUCAAGCCAGCUAAAAACAAACAGUCAGUAUUUACUAGAAUGGCAGUCAUGAAAGCUUUGAAUAAGAUCAAAGAAGAGGACUUCCGCAAGCAGUUUCCUUGUCCUCCAAACUCACCAAAGGCUGUAUGCACUGUUCUUGACAUUGAAUGUGCUCAUGGUGCUGUUUUUGUGGCUGGGAGAUAUAAUAAAUACUCCAGGAAUCUACCACAAACUCCUUGGAUAAUUGAUGGAGAAAGGAAGCUGGAGUCUUCCGUAGAAGAAUUAAUUUCAGAUCAUCUGUUGACAGUAUUCAAAGCAGAGAGUUUUAAUUUUUCAUCCUCUGGAAGAGAAGAUGUUGAUGUGAGAACGUUAGGAAAUGGAAGGCCCUUUGCAGUUGAGCUGGUGAAUCCUCAUAGAGUACAUUUCACUUCACAGGACAUUAAGGAGCUUCAGCAGAAAAUUAAUAACUCGUCUGACAAAAUCCAAGUGCGGGACUUGCAGCUUGUCACAAGAGAGGCAAUAGGACAUAUGAAAGAAGGUGAAGAAGAAAAGACCAAGACCUACAGUGCCUUAAUAUGGACAAACAAAGCAAUAGGGAAGGAAGACAUCGAAUUCCUAGAUGACAUAAAGGACCUAAAAAUUGACCAGAAAACACCUCUCCGGGUCCUCCACCGGAGGCCCUUGGCGGUGAGAACUCGGAUCGUUCACACCAUGGAGACCCGCUAUGUGGACGAGCAUCACUUCCGUCUGCAUCUGAAGACUCAGGCCGGAACCUACAUUAAAGAGUUUGUCCACGGAGACUUUGGCAGGACCAAGCCAAACAUCGGUUCCCUGAUGAAUGUGGCUGCAGACAUUCUUGAGCUGGAUGUUGAGGUAAACUCAUUUACCGAGGGGCGCUCACUGGCACACUGAGAUGCCGAAUUCAGCCGCCUAUGAAAUGGUGGUGUUCACCUUCAUAGGUAUUCAACAAUGGUCAAAAUGUCAUCGUAUUGAAGAAAGGUGGUAUCUUUGCAGUUUUUAUUUCUUUAAAAAAAAAAGGCAAGGUCUCACUUACGACCCUUGCAGAAGGUUUGGCUAACUUACUAACUGUGCUUUGCAUAUGGUGCCACAUCUGAAGCCUUUACACCAAGUAAGGAGAUGAAGUUGAAGUGCCCUUCGUGUGGCAUUUACCCUCUAGGAAGUUAAAUCCUUGCAUAUACAUUGUAUUUUUAUCAAUACUUGUUUUGUCUGACAAAGAAUUUAAGGCGGCCUAACACAGAAACAUAUUCAGGAUAGAGGUAGAAAGUAGAAUGGGCCAAUGGUUAUUAGCAAAACAGUUUAAUAAGGGACCCGCGUAAUGUGGUCCAAGUUGUCAACUUAGUCUGAAUUCAAACAAGGGUAAACUGUAGAGCAAUCAGAGGAGUGGACAGAGUGGGUCUUUCAGGCAGUUCUCCAUAAAUACUAUUUCUUACCUGAGCACCGAUAGGUAUCAGUCACAGGCUGUGCUCCUUGAACAUCUGCGUAAAGGUAGUAGUCUCUCUCUCCCUAAAACUCUUAGGAGAGGCCAGCAUUUUACACCUGGGAAUAAUAUCAAAGUUAUAAAAAGAAGUGGGCAGAGUUGCUGGGUGUGAAAACAGCUGUGGUGAUCAGAUCCCUGGAGCCUUGUUACCUGGGUGCUUCAGAAGAGAACUUACAUCGUUCCUAGGGGGUGGGCAGUGGUAACACCUUCAGGGCAGCAGGGAGCCUCCCAGGGAGACUAUCAUUUUGAGGAAGAUAGCUGUUGCUGGGAAAAUCCCAACUGCAUUCAUCUUCUCUGACCUUAAUUCUUAGAACAGUUUCGGGGUGUCACAGCUUCAUAGGGCCAGUGUUUCUCAGCCCUGAUUGUCCUUUACAACCACCUGUGACGCUUUUGAAAAAACACAUCAUGCCUACCCUCCCCUGUGCUCAGCACACAGACACAAGAGUAUAAUCAGUAAUGUUUCGUUUUCAGGCUUGAGAAACCACUCACUAAUUCAUAUGUGGGUGCUUGGUAUAUGGCUAUAUUCUGAGACAGAAUCAGAACAGAUAUUUCUUAGGAUUUGUAAAAGAUACACAUACACAUAACAUAUACAGUACAAUAGUUCUUAAGCUUCUCUAAUGAAACUUAUGAAUCUGGUAUGUGAAGUGACUCAUGGAUUAAAAGAUUUGUUUUUAGUAAAUCAUUUCUCCUUUAAAUGUGAAAUAUCAAAAACAACACAGGUACAAUGGAAUUAUAAAAGAACGACAACAACUUUCUUCUAAAAUAGGCCCAGUAGGGUAGUUAUACUUCUGAGACGUGGAAUGUGCUUGUUGAUAUGGAGACAAAAUAGUCCACUUUUCUGUGAUUUUGUAACGACUUGAAGAUCAAGGUUUUCUUCUAGAAGAACCAAACCAGGGUAGAGAUGGAUUAACUGGAUUUUAAAAGAAAUAAAAAUUUUGCUAAAGUGAAAUCUAAAGAUCCUUAAUCUGUUUCUAAUCCCGGAUGAUGUUUUUUUAGAGACUUUGUUAAAGGCAAGAUGAAGCGAUCAGAAGACUUGCUCUCUGAGAUUUCUGAGGGAAAGCUGGCAUCACCACCUGAGUUUUUGUGCCACUUUAUUUAUAAAUAAAUUUGGAAAAUUUUAUUUAUUCUCUUAUAAGCCAAAAGCCACAACUAAUAACCAACGAAGUAACCAUAUACUGCUACUCCGUUAAUUCAGAGACCGACCUUGGGCCCAGGACUCCCUACAGUGGUCUUUAGGGUAUUAAAUUGUCGUGUUGACAGCUCUUUUCUUCAGAUGCAGUUUCUCUCGUUGCAUAUGAAAGCUAAUACGUUUAUGAUUUUUUAAAUUACCGACAAAAUGCUUACUAGAAUACCUUGUUUAAUGACUUAUUUGCUUCCUUCUAGUCUGUAGAUGUGGACUGGCCCCCUGCCCUGGAUGACUAAUUUUCAGAUUUGAAGAAUAGGGCUUUCCUGGAAUGGGGUGGACAUCCGUUCAGCAUACACUGCAAAAUGGCUGUUUACCCACCAUAACGGUGUCUUGGAAGCUGUUUGGAUCAUGUUGAUCUGUAUGUUUUUUUAAAUUUGCUGUAACAUCUCAGGAUCUAUAUAUGUUAAAUUGCUCUAAGGAUGUCUUAUAAUUCUUCUUGCUCUUCCUCCAGCCCCUGCAAAGCAAAAUAUGAAAUGAAACCAUUCUCGCUUUUAAUUAUUUCUCUUAGAGAGGUAUGCCAACAGGAUAUGUUCUGUUAAUCCGAGAAGUUAAAUUUUCUUUUAGUAAGAUUUCCCUCCACAAGAGACAUCCAAAAACCUGUUGCUGUUGAGUUGAUUCUGCCUCAUAGCGACCCUAUAAGUCAGAGUAGAACUGACCUAUAGGGUUUCCAAUGCCGUAAUCUUUAUGGAAGCAGGCUGCCACAUCUUUCUCCUGCGGAGCAGCUGGUGGGUUUGAACCACCGACCUUCCGGUUAGCAGAGGAGUGCUUAACAACUGCGCCGCCAGGGCUCCUUUACAAGAGACAUACCACCUUUAAAAUAUGGUUCUAAAUUUUUAAAGUUAUCUGAAUCAAAAUUACUGUAUUUCCUGCAAAUAAUGUGCCCAUAAAUAUAACGUGCAUAGCAUGACUAGGAAAAUAAUGCAUGAGGGGGUUGUGCAGUUGGCAGAAAUAUAUAAUGCAUGCUAUUUGUGUACAAAUACAGUAGAUCUAUGCAGCUAUAGAUAUACAGCAGCACAGUAACCUAUAAUACUCUCAAAUCUCAAAUGCAAAUCUGAGGUCAUUAGUAUUUUUCCGGGUCAGCCUCGAGCUAUUACCAAUAGAAGGGCUUUUGAGUAUGAUCUGUCACAAAUCUUAAUGACCUCAAGUUAGUGUUUUGACAAACUAAAAUUGUCAAUACCUUUCCCGUGGAGGGAAAAUAAAACCUUUGGAACUGAGGUAUACCGUGGUGAGAGAACUUCUUAAGUCUUUUAAAUAAGGAGACACGAGUGCCUACAACUAUUUAAUACAACUUCAAUGCCAAGGAUCAGAUUAUGAAAAAUGUAGAUUGCUGAACAAAGGUAAGCUGGCAUUAUUUCAGAGUGCUUCAGUCUCUUAUCCCAUUUCAGAUAUGGUAAGGUGGAUGAGUGUUAUUAUCUCCAUUUUACAGAUAUGGAAACCAAAGAAUAGAGAUUAAGUGACUUGUCUAAAAUUGUUACUUCCAUAUCUAGGACUAUAACCGAAGUUUCCUGGUCUCUGGGGUCCUUUCUAAUAAACCCUAUACUGAGCACCUACUGUGUGAAGGGGGUACCUGAAGAUGACAUUUUAACUCGUGUAACUGUGAGUUUUAACUGACUUGGGAUUUAGAUAACAAAUCAAGGAACUUACUAACAAAUAGGCCAGGUAUAUUUCACAUAGUUUCAUAAAAUUACCAUUUGUUGGUAAAUCAAGCAUCAGUUGAUAUUGUGAAGAGGAAAAACAUAUUAAAUAAGACAAACCCAAAGAAAAUAAAUGGGUCAUUAAAAGUUCCAGAAAGAACCUCAUUUAGGUGUGAUUUCCAUCACCCUGAUUACACUACUUCAGCUUACUCUAGAACACAAUGACUUGGACAGUAUUGGACUACUGUUUCCUAUCUCAAUAUUAAAACAUUGUUCGUAGACACGAAGAUGUAUUAUUCACUUUAGAAAUCGGGAAAACGUUUAACAAGAUUGUUAACUGCCGUAAAGAAGUCAGCCCACCACUCUGAAACUAUGUGUUUCAUGUAUGAACGAUAGUGAAUCUCCAAUACCGGAAAAUGAGCCAGGGUAACAGAAAGAAACUUUUGAAAAAAGGUAAGAACCGCUGUGUGAAUAUUUCUCAGUUUCUGGGGGAAAUUUUGCUUUAAAAGAUUUAAGUAGUUCGGAAGAUAGUCUUUUGCACAUUUCUCUUUGACUCAGCUUUGAAGCCAGUGGACCUGAAAAAUGGAAGCUUCAAGAACCUGAGCAAACUUAAGUUAGAAGACUGCUAAUUCUGAAAUUUAUCAGUUUAUGCAAAAUUUCAAAGAAUAAACAUUAGCUAUAAAUACUGUACUGAUUCCAAAUGUUCACAUAAUUAGGAGACACAGCUUGUUAAAAACUAAUGCAGGUCUCUGUUUUAUGCAGAACCGGGAGCAUUAGGUGAUGACAGUACUAUAGUUUCACUUUUGCCUAUAUGAACUAUGUUAACAUUCGUUUUAUGAUUUCCUUUUAUAGCUUUGUUUCAAUUCGCAGUAUUUUAAUAACACUUUGAGAACGGGUCGGUCGCACUUCUUAGUAUCUCUUUAUCCCAAAUAUAGUCUGUGGUUUAUUUUAGGAAAAAACAUCAACUCUUAAUACCUGGAAAAGUCAAGAAAAAAUAAGUUGGUAAAAUGAAAAUUUUCCAAGUUUUUAAGAUAAUCGGUUAUAUUUGCAAGUUAUCUGAAAUAAAUUUAAAAGUUAAAUUUCCAUUUCCUAAAAUAAAUUAACAUCUUAUUUUGGUAGAUAUUUUCUUUUUUGAGCUUAAUUCUUUGAUUUUUAACUCUAAAUAAGAGAAUGAACUGUUGUGCAAACUUUUCUGAGUUGAUUUUUAAAAAUGGCACCCUUUUUUAUUAUGAAAUAAAUAUUACUUUUAUGAUGACAUUUUAAUUUUUUUUCAUUUUGAAAUAAUUUCAAACUUACAGGGAAGUUGCCAGAAAAGCAUGAGACUUUCUUCCUGAACCAUCAAGCUGGCGCAGACUCACCACCCCGAAUACAUUAGUGUGACUCCUACAAACACAGAUAUUCUUCUGCUUAACUGUGACACAGCCAUUAAAACUGGGUGAAGUUAGCACCCUCCACCACUGUCAUCUAAUCCACAUACCACGCUCACAUCUGGCACAUUGUCCCAACAGUGUCCUUCACAGCCAGUGAAUUCAUUCCAGGGAUCACACUUUGCAUUUGGGUAUGUCUUUGUCUCCACCAACCUGAAACAUCUCCUCUUUCCUCCACUUUUCCAUUACUUUGACAUUUUUUGAAGAUUUCAGGCAUUAUUUUGUAAAAUUCCCUCGGUUCGGGUUUGCCUGAUGUUUCUCGCCAAAGAAACAUUAUUAGGCUUAGGUUGUGCCUUCUUGGCAAGAAAACUACCGGAGAGACAUUGUGUUCUUAUUCCAUCGUUUCGGGUGACACGUUACCAGUUAGUGGUGACUGGGAUUUGAUCAGUUGACUAAGGUAACGUCUGUCAAGCUUCUCCAGUUUGAGUUACGCUUUUCCUGUUGUGACUAAUAACUAUCUUGUAGAGACCAUCAAACUUACUAUGUGAAAAUCAGCCAUUGAUGAUUUCUGCCUGAAUCAGUUAUAACAAUGAUUGCCAAAUAGUGGUUUUCUAACUCCCAUCAUCCCUCCUACCUUUGUUGGUUGGCAUACCAUUGACAGGUAGAGCUUUCCCCUCUCUGCCAUUUAUUUAUUCAUUUAUUUCUAUCACUGCAUUCGUGACUCCCUGUUUUAGUCAACGGAUUUUAAUCUGCUAACAUUAUUUAUUUUGAUGUUCAGAGUGUUCAAGAUUCGGCCAGUGGGAGCCCCUCCCAGUUGGCUCCUGUGUCCUUUUUACAGGAACCCACCAUUCUUUGAGCAUGUUCUUGCUUUCUGACACCAAAUGAAAUACCAGGCUCAUCUUGUGUUUUCCCUGCACCAGACCUGGGAUGGGCUAUUCCUUUAAGAAGCCCUGGUUCCUUUUAGUGGGAAAUGGGAUUCAGAAACCAAGAUCUGGGUACGAGGUGUGCUCAUGUUGCGGUGAUGCUGUUCCUAAGCUCUCUCAUGGAACGGAGCUAGGGAACACACACAUACACCCCUAUGUAUUUGUCUCUACGGAUGUUCAAAACGGAGUGUACGCCAGUACGUCUAAUUCCAAUCUCACACCUCAUUCUAGUUUUCUUCCUUUCCACAGUUGUAACACCCUUCUCCGAAAGUGAGAAGUCAGUUCCCACUGUUGUUGUUCUUAGGUGCCGUGGAGUCGGAUCCGACUCCUAGCGACCCCGUGUCCAACAGAACGAAACACUGCCUGGUCCUGCGCCACCCUCACAAUUGUCGUUGUGCUUGA